ACGAAUUUUAUUUUUAUUUGAAUUUCCUACCCGCGUACACAUGAGAUAUUCGAAAAUAUAGUUGUAAUAAUUUUUCUACAAACACUUGCAUGUAGUGCCACGUGUGCUGUGUGCUUAUUAUUUAGUUUAACCCUACCAAACCUGUUUCUCCUCGAGUUUUCUAUAAGUAUAAUAUUUAUCGGUAACAAGCGAGAAUGUCUCGAGAUCGCAGCUCUCGGCGGUUCUACCGGGCGGAGUCGACCCACGACCUGCUCUCCUACAUGGACAAGGGCCAGACCGCGCUGGAAGAGAACCGGUGGACCUUCGAGACCGCCUGGGAGGUCGCCAACAAAGUGGGUGGUAUCUACACAGUCAUCAGAUCGAAGGCGUACGUGACUACGGAGGAAAUUGGCGACAACUACUGUUUAUUGGGGCCAUACAAGGAACAAUGCGCGCGGCAGGAGGUGGAGGAGGCGGACUUCCCGCCCAACUCGCCGCUCACCGCCGCCGUCAACGCCAUGAGGAGUCAGGGCUAUAAGGUGCACACGGGCACGUGGCUGGUGGACGGCAACCCGCAGGUGGUGCUGUUCGACAUCGGCAGCGCGGCGUGGCAGAUGGACGCCUACAAGCAGGAGCUGUGGGACACCAGCGCCAUCGGCAUCCCGCACCUCGACGUCGAGGCCAACGACGCCGUCAUACUCGGCUUCAUGGUCGCGCUCUUCAUCACCGAGUUCAGAAAAGCCGCGGAGGGCUACAGCGAUACGCCGCCGCGCGUCGUCGCCCACUUCCACGAGUGGCAGGCCGGCAUCGGACUUAUCAUUUUGAGGGUGCGUCACGUGGACGUGGCGACGGUGUUCACGACGCACGCGACGCUGCUGGGCCGCUACCUGUGCGCCGGCAACACUGACUUCUACAACAACCUCGAUAAGUUCGCAGUGGACGAUGAGGCGGGAAAGAGACAGAUAUACCACCGGUACUGCAUGGAGCGGGCGGCGGCGCACAUGGCGCACGUGUUCACAACGGUGUCGGACAUCACGGGCUACGAGGCCGAGCACCUGCUGAAGCGGAAGCCGGACUUUAUCACGCCCAACGGCCUCAACGUCAAGAAGUUCUCCGCGCUCCACGAGUUCCAGAACCUCCAUGCGCUGGCCAAGAAUAAAAUCAACGAGUUCUCCAGGGGACACUUUUACGGCCAUUUCAACUUCGACCUGGACAAGACGCUGUACUUCUUCAUCGCGGGCCGCUACGAGUUCGGCAACAAGGGCGCGGACAUCUUCAUCGAGGCGCUGGCCAGACUCAAUCACUACUUGAAAGCGGCGGGCUCCGACAUGACGGUGGUGGCGUUCCUGAUCUUCCCGGCGAAGACGAACAACUUCAACGUGGAGAGUCUGCGCGGCCACGCCGUCACCAAGGCGCUGAGAGACACCAUCAACGACAUACAGGCGCAGAUCGGACAGCGCAUGUACGACGUGUGCCUCAGAGGCCACCUGCCGGAGCCACAUGAGCUGAUGCACAAGGACGACACGGUGCGGCUCAAGCGCUGCAUGUACGCGCUACAGCGCGACGGCCUGCCGCCGGUCACCACGCACAACGUGGCGGACGAUUGGAAUGACCCGGUGCUGAACUCGAUUCGCCGUUGUCAGCUCUUCAACACCGUCCACGACAAAGUUAAGGUGAUCUUCCACCCGGAGUUCCUGACAUCCACGAACCCGCUGUUCGGUCUGGACUACGAGGAGUUCGUGCGCGGCUGCCACCUGGGCGUGUUCCCCAGCUACUACGAGCCGUGGGGCUACACCCCCGCCGAGUGCACCGUCAUGGGCAUACCCAGCAUCACUACUAAUCUUUCCGGUUUCGGGUGCUUCAUGCAGGAGCACGUGGCGGACCCGAUGUCGUACGGCAUAUACGUGGUGGACCGCCGGCACAUCUCGGUGGAGGGCAGCGUGCAGCAGCUGGCCAAGUACAUGUACGAGUUCACCAAGCUCACGCGCCGACAGCGCAUCAUACAGCGGAACCGCACAGAGCGACUGUCCGAUCUGCUGGACUGGAGGAACUUGGGCAUUUACUACCGCCAGGCGCGUGCCCAGGCGCUGAAGCAGGUGUACCCAGACUACGUGGACCAGCAGGACGUGGAGCUCGGCAAGCGGUUCAACUACCCCCGACCCAUCUCCGAGCCGCCCAGCCCCACGCACUCACGAGUGACGACCCCGGCGGCCUCGGUGCACGGCUCCGACGACGAGGACGAAGUCGACGAAGAGAAGGAGCUGGCCGAGCUCAAAAUCUCCGAUAAGUAGAGUAUUUGCCGAAAUACAAGAAAGAAAGUAGUACUGUUAGUGAGGUGAGCGGACUAUCCCAGUUAGAGCCUGUGCAAACGGUGUGUUGCGUCAGCGUUGCGUCAACGCAGCGCUGCCGUAGCAUUGUUUUACAUCCAAAUAACUAAGGUGUUCACACAACGCGUGUCAUCAUGUCUAAAGUUGAGUUCUAAUUAUGGUUUUCAUCGAAUAAAAUAUAACUAAUAGAACAGCAAUAUUAACUGUAAGAGUUCGAAAAUUAUGAAAGACUCAUCACUGAUGAGCCCGAGCUAAACUGUACCGCAUAAAUGUAUUAGCGGCGCAAACGGUUUCGACCAAUCAGAGCGUAGUACGUUUACUACUGUUUUCGCGAAUUUCGUCUCACAAAAUACAGAACAUUUCUGCUCUAUUGGGUUAACUUCGAUGUUUACUAAAUUAUUAACAUAUGGUAUGAACAGUUUAACCACUGUCACAAUGUUCAAAUGAGUACC